AUGGGUUAUUAUCGGGCCUUGAUCUUUGCCUUAGGCUACUUGGGUGCCACCGAAGCGCAGUUUAACAACCCAAAAGGGGUCGAUAUCUGGUGCGGGAAAGCAUACAGACCAGCAAACUCCUCCUUUGACCCAGGCGGUUGGUUCGUCGAGCCGCCCAUCUCACCGGUUCCCUUGUUAAAUCUCCGGGUACGGCCACGCAUGAGCAUAUAUCUUGAGACAGACAACGAAGCCAGCCUCUUGAUUGAUGCGUCAAUCUCUCAACAGAUUGGUCAGCCGCUUCCGGGAAAUUCCACGGGAUAUGCCUCUGAGUCUUCCAAGUCCUUGGACGUGGAGAUUUUCUCAAAUGGAGCCACAAUUGGCAAGACGUCCGUCAACCUUGGGGCAACCAAUAUGGAGCUUCCCGUAGACCUGGGACAAUUUGCUUGUGGAUUUGAUGGCCAGAACAUCAGUAUACUGGCUACGUUGGAUGGGACGCAUACCUACAAUGCCUCGACGCAGUUAUUCCGCUUGCCCGCACCAGAGGACUAUGGCAGCGUGUCACGGAUGGACAACUUGUACGGAGGUCUUUGGAUUCAGCGAGAAGACGAGCCUUGGCGGCAUAUAUUCCCGUACACAUACUAUGUCCAAUGGAGCCUCUACUGGGACAGCAACGUCACAACUCUGGAUGACUUCGCAGCGCUUGGGUACAAUGUGAUCCAUAUCGUGCCUACCGGAAGUCUAGGCGAGAAGCCCUUCCCAUGGGAUCAGUUCGAACCCUAUCUCCAGCGCGCGGACGAACUAGGCCUAUACCUGCAGUACGACGUGCUCUGGGAGCCCGAGAACAUCACCGGCAUGCUCGAGCAGGUGGAGCGCCUCAAGAGGCACCGGAGCCUGCUGCUGUGGUACCAGAGCGACGAGCCGGACGGCAAGGGCAACCCGCCCGACUCGACGGGGCAGGCGUACGACCGGAUCCGCGCGCUGGACCCGUACCACCCGGCGUCGCUGGCGCUCAACUGCCACGACUUCCACUACGCCGAGUACGCGCGGGGCGGCGACAUCAUCACGCCCGACGUGUACCCGAUCAGCACCAACACGUCCUUCUCGACCGUCUACGGCACCGUGUGCAACGCCACGUACGGGUGCUGCGGGUGCGACGGGUGCGCGGGCGAGUUCGAGGACAUCGCCGGCCGCCUGGACGCGUACCGCCGGCGCGACGCGGUGCUCGGCUGGUCCAAGGCCCAGUGGUUCGCGCCCCAGGCCUUCGGCAACGAGACCUUCUGGGCCCGGUACCCGACGGCCGCCGAGGAGGUCGUCAUGACGCUGCUGGCCGUCAACCACGGGGCAAAGGGCAUCGUCAUGUGGAACUACCCGACGACGCCCGACAUACUCGACGUCACCAACCGCCUGGCCGGGGUGCUGACGAGCGGCACAGUGGCCGGCUUCUUGCUGGGCGCCCCGGCGACCGAGACCCUAAGUGUCGACGGAGCUAGCCGUGUUGAUGCGGCGUUGUGGGUGGAUAAGAAUGCCGGUCUGGCUUUGCUGAGUAUUGUCAACUUGAAUUAUGGAAACAUUGAUAGUGCUAUCAAGAUUAUGGCGCCUGAUGGUAUUCGGUUUACUUUGAUCUCCGACAGCCUAUGGGGAGAUUUGAGCUGGGACGUCGAGAAUGAGAGUGCCUUGUCUAGCGUAAACGGCAUGCUGGGCUUGCAAGUGUCUAUUUUGUUGGUUAACAUCGCUGUAGGCCAGUAA